ACCUUCCUCUCUUCUUAGAGCUUUCCAUGCUUGGAGCAAAUUGGCUGUGAUCAUGAGAAAUAUGAGAAAUGUGGUUAUUGUUUCAUUCAAUUUUUUGCUUCUUCUUGUCUUUGUUUCUGCUAUAGGAAGAAGCACUGGAAGUGAAAUAUCUGCUACAAAUGGAACACAACCUUUUACUUACAUUGUCAAAGCUAUGGAGUUCUUAUGGAGUCAUUCAGGUUAUCAACAUGUCUGGCCAGAAAUGGAACUUGGCUGGCGAAUAAUUGUUGGCACCUUGAUUGGAAUCUUCGGAGCAACAUUUGGAAGUGUAGGGGGAGUUGGUGGUGGGGGCAUCUUUGUACCAAUGCUAAUUUUGAUUAUUGGGUUUGAUCCAAAAUCAGCAACUGCUAUUUCAAAGUGCAUGAUCAUGGGUGCAGCGAUCUCAACUGUAUUCUACAACUUGAAGCUAAAGCAUCCCACACUUGAUAGACCCAUUAUCGACUAUGAUUUGGUGCUGCUUAUCCAACCCAUGAUCCUGCUUGGUAUUAGCAUAGGAGUUGUUUUAAGUGUACUGUUUGCGGAUUGGAUGAUCACUGCUCUUCUAAUUAUUCUCUUCAUAGGGACAUCAAUCAAAGCGUUCUUCAAGGGUGUUGAAACAUGGAAAAAGGAAACCAUAAUAAAAAAGUCUCAGGAGACUGUUAAGCUUUUGGAGUCUCAGGAGACUGUCACGCUUUUGGAGUCUCAGGAGACUGUCAAGCUUUUGGAGUCUACUGCCAGUUGCAGUGAGGAAGAGGAAUACAAGUGUCUUCCAGAUGAUGGGCCUCAAAAGGAAACUAGAAAAAAUGAGGGGACCAUAAUAGGCAACAUUCAUUGGAAGGAGUUUGGACUUGUUUGUUGUGUCUGGCUUGCACACCUAGUCUUACAUGUUGCCAAAACUUAUACACCUUCUUGUUCAUUAGCAUACUGGAUACUUUUUUUGUUACAGAUACCACCUUCUCUAGGGGUAUAUCUGUAUGAAGCAGUAGGCCUAUAUCAAGGGUGGAGAGCUAUUGCUUCUAGCGAAGGUCAAAUCACACAUUGGAAAUUGCACCAUCUAAUUCUAGCCCUUGUGUGUGGUCUGGUGGCUGGAAUUAUUGGUGGACUUCUUGGUAUAGGUAGUGGAUUUGUGAUGGGUCCUUUAUUGCUUGAAGUGGGAAUUGCUCCUCAGGCGACAAGUGCAACAGCCACUUUGGGAAUGACAUUCUCAGCAUCUAUAUCUGUUGUACAAUAUUACCUCUUGAAUCGUUUUCCUGUUCCUUAUGCUCUCUACCUUACACUUGUGGCUACCUUUGCUGCAUACAUAGGACAGCGUAUCAUUGACAAGCUUGUUAGUGUCUUCCAAAGGGCCUCUUUGAUUAUCUUCGUAGUGGCUUUCACAAUUUUUAUUAGUACAAUUGCACUAGGUGGAAUUGGUAUAUCAGACAUGGUUAUGAAGAUUCAAAGGAAUGAAUACAUGGGAUUCGAGGACCUAUGCAAGUAUGAUGGAUAGAAGAGUUUCACGUAUUUUUUUUUUUUUUAUAAAUAAAGAGGGGCUAAGCCCCAGAGAGUUUCACGUAUUUAUUUAGUUGCACACAUAUUCUGUUGUUGUUGUUUGCCCCUGCUUCACCCGGUGAGAGAUGAUAUGUUUUAUUUAAAUUAUAAAGGUUACAAGGAAGUUUAUAUUAAUGGAAGCUUUAAACCUUGUAUGUCCGGAGGAGAUGUACCAUACCAUCUUC